GGGAGGGGGCCGCGGCCGCAGCAGUAGCGGGAGGCUCGGGCCAUGGCCGCCGACGUGUUCAUGCGGCCGGGGCGGCUCCCUGGGGCGGCGGGGCCGGUGUCGCGGCGGGCGGAGCCGGACGAGGACUCCUCGGACACGGACGAUGGGGGCUCCCCGGCGGGGCGGCGGCCCGGGCCGCGGCGGGGGCAGCCCGCGGGGCCCCAGAUCAUCCACUCGGGUCACUUCAUGGUCUCGUCGCCGCACAGCGAGCACCCGCCCAAGAAGGGCUACGACUUCGACACGGUCAACGAGCAGACGUGCCAGACCUACCGCUUCGGGGCGGCGCGGGGCGGCGGCGGGGCCGGGGGCCGCCUCAGCAUCGACGCCUCCCUCACCAAGCUCUUCGAGUGCAUGAGCCUGGCCUACAGUGGGAAGUUGGUUUCACCAAAGUGGAAGAAUUUUAAAGGCUUAAAACUUCAAUGGAGGGAUAAAAUUCGUCUCAACAAUGCCAUCUGGAGGGCAUGGUAUAUGCAGUACCUGGAGAAACGCAAGAACCCAGUGUGCCAUUUUGUGACUCCACUAGAUGGCUCUAUUGAUGUAGAGGAACAUCGGCGGCCUGAAGCCAUUGCAACAGAAGGGAAAUAUUGGAAACGAAGAAUCGAAAUAGUCAUCAGGGAAUAUCACAAGUGGAGAACAUACUUCAAGAAAAGGUUACAGAAACACAAAGAUGAAGACCUUUCAAGCUUGGUGCGGGAUGAUGAUGUGGUUCUCUGGCAUCAGAGUAGAUACGGCAGAGAAACCCCGGUCCCCAUGGAGGAAGAUUCCUUUCUGGAUGCAGACAUGCUUAUGUCUGAGUUCACAGACACCCUCUUCUCUACACUUUCUUCACAUCAGAUGAUUGCCUGGCCAAAUCCCAGAGAGAUAGCACACUUAGGAAAUGCUGACAUGAUUCAGCCAGGACUUAUCCCUCUCCAGCCAAAUCUAGAUUUCAUGGAUACUUUUGAAUCUUUUCAGGAUCUGUUCUCAUCCAAUCGCUCUGGCAACUUUUUCUCUUCUGUCCCUGCUGCCAGUUCUGCUAUGACAGAUACCAGCAGCCAUACGUCCCAGUCUUCUGUCCUGCCCUCAGGUUCUUUACCCAGCACACUCCCAACAGUGAACCUCAAUGAAGGAUUGAUUGCCUCACCGGUACCUGCUCCUGUCAUUCCUGAUGUUGGUGCUAACCAAUGCUCCAACAUUAGAAGUGAGGGCUCUUUCAUCCAGCCAUCAGACUUCAAUUCCGAUUCAUCUCUAAGUGGCCAGCAGCCAUUUCUUCCGGUGUUCCCAGCUCCAGUGUCUCUGCUGCAGCCCACUGUCCCACCACAUCAAGCUGCUUUGCCCACAGUGCCUCUGAAUGCCAGCUUGAAUUCCCAGCCGUCUGCUUUUCCUACUCCAGAAACUCAAAAGUCUGGCCUCUGCAAAUCUUCCAUUGUUACCCACACGGCUUCUGCCACCCUGACCCACAACCCCUCUGCUACCACUUUCAGCCAGAGCCAGAACCUCAUCCUGGCAACGCAGCAGCCAGGGGGAGGAGUGCCUUGUAACCUGACUCUACAGACUGCUGUUGUGCAGGGGCAGCCCCGGCCUCAGCUGCAACCCCACCUGACGUUUGCACUCCCUAAAGCCAUUCCCCUGGCGAAUGCUGGGACGAGGCCCAAACAGCCACAAAAAAUAGUGCAUGUUCCAAAGCCUGAAACGGUGUCCUUAGUGUUAAAAAAUGCCUUCAUCGCCCCAGCUGCCUUUCAGGGACAGUCCAGAGCUGUGAUCGUAACCCCAGCACCUUUAAAAAGAGAGGGGAUUUUGACUCCGGCCAUGUCUCCACCUAGUGUUGUAAUUGCACCAGCUGCAAUUCCCAGAGCUCCCGGGGUGAUGGAAUUCCAUAGUAACAUUCUGGUUGGUCAAGCACAGCAAGUUCCGAGUAACCAGCAAGUGCAGUCCACAGUCUCCCAUCUCUUCUCUCCUAGUGCAGUCCAAGAUGUGAAAGGAGAGCACAUCCCUUCCCACAGUACCUGUUCACAAGUUCCCUCACCUACACCUAGCCGAGAUUGUCAGAAUUCAGGACAGGCCUCUCCCUGCCCAUCCGAACAAAGCACCAGUCCUCAGUCUCCACAGAAUAAUUGCUCAGGAAAAUCCACAAAUGACCCUCAGAUGGCUGCAUUUAAGAAUCGAAGGAUGAAGCAUAUUUCAGCAGAACAAAAGAGAAGAUUUAAUAUCAAGAUUGGUUUUAGCACGCUGAACAGCUUGGUAUCAGCUAAUUCUAAGUCAAUCAGCCAUGCAAUCACGCUCCAGAAGACUGUGGAAUAUAUCGCUAAAUUACAGCAGGAGAGAAUGCAGUCACAAGAGGAAACGAGGCGCCUCCGGGAGGAGAUCGAGGAGCUAAACGCUACCAUCAUUUCUUGUCAACAGCAGCUCCCUGCUACCGGGGUUCCCAUAACCCGACAGAGAUUUGAUCACAUGCGGAGUAUGUUUGAUGAGUAUGUGAGAAACAGGACCCUCCAGAACUGGAAGUUUUGGAUUUUUAGUAUUAUCAUUAAGCCAUUGUUUGAGACCUUCAAUAGAGUGGUGUCUACGACCAGUUUAGAGGACCUGAACCAGACUGCAAUGGCUUGGCUGGAUGAGCAUUGUUCGCUCCGUGUUCUGAGGCCAAUGGUGCUGAACACCCUUCGGCAUCUCAGCAUAACCACCUCGAUUCUGUCAGAUCCAUCACACCUGCCAGAGCAAGCCACUGAGGCAGUUUGUAAGAUCAACAAAACAGCUGGGAAAACCUAACAACCACAAAUGAUGAGUUGCCUAAACAAGACGUGAAGGAAGUCACAGCCUCACAGACUUGUCUCCUUACAGUUGGUGCACUUUAGAAAGGAUUCUCUCUAUCCUGUAGGACAUUGUUCAGGGCAUUUUGCCUCUGGCUCCUGAACAUGUAGGGAUUCAAUGCAACAUUGUCUAAUGUUUGGCUUCCUCUUCAGUACCUGUUAGAUUCAGUUAAGUGAGAAUGCCAACCUCAGAUACAGAAGUAGGCUAUAGUCCUGCAUUCAGCAAUAAAAAAUCUCCAUCAAUGAAGCAUAAGUAAAUACACAGGGAACAUCUUUGCAUAAAAUGACUUCAAGUACUAAACAAGGUGUAAAUUCGCUGCAUCUAGGAACAAUUUGUUAAAGGGAAAUGCACAUUUGAUUUCAUGUGCUUUUUCAUUUUAUUAUCUGGUGUUCAAUUUCUUUGUUGUUUUACUUGAACAGUAAAAGUUGAUAAAAAGAACGAUCAACAUAUUAAUAACCAAAGGAGAAAAAAGUUAAUCAAAGAUACAAAAUUGUGGUAAAAUACUAGAAUUAAAAUCUCAGGUUGUGUAUGUAUCUUUAUUCUAGUUCAGUAUAUUAUGUGUAUGUGAUCAUUUGGAGGGCAUGCUUUAUUUCCUAGCAAAUAAAGUAGCAGAUGUUUUCGUAGAACUUUUUUUCCUGAUUUAGUCAGUACAAGUGAGUAGCAAGACAGUUUGGCAAGUUCAAGAGAACAGUUUAUCUUUAAUUUGUGUGAACUCUUGACUUGUAAAUCUAGACGUGAAUUUCCAUACAGGUUUAAACUGUAAACUAUUUUUUCUUACAUGCUGCAGAGUUGAACUCUCCAUCAUAACGUGUGCACAGAUGAUGCUCUAAUGCUUUAGGGACAGAAACUUGAGUUUGUUAUGCUAGGAAAUAGGCAUUUAUGUUGUCACAGAAAUUAGAUCAAUCCACAUGUGCUCAUAAGCUAUCCCUCACUCCUGUGUCUUCUUUACCUAUUUCCCCUGCUUCAGUGUCCUAAAUCCUAAACUCAAAAGAUUUAGGUCACGGUUGUCAGUCUUUAAGAGGCUUGCGUCCAACAUAAACCUUAGACCGCAGCUUGUUUGAUAUCGGAAACAUGAUGUAAUUCAGUGUGACUGUCACAGUAAGUGUCUGACAUAACUAUAGAUGGGCCUGUGACUCACUAUUCCAUAGCAUUGUGCUCAUCACCAUAGCGCUAGCAACUUCUGGCCAAGAGUAGCUCAUGUAGAUUAAUUCUAAUGUGGACAGGAACAAUCUAUGUAGGGUAGGUGUAUGUAUGUGCCAUUGGCGAAUUAGGAAGAGUAUGGGCAUAAACGUGGAGACUCUUGACCCAUGAUUUGUAGGCCUUCUCUUGUAAUGCCUUCUCCACAGCUCUUGUCAUGGAGGGUCUGCAAACUGACUUUCUUUGGUUCGAGCAAAGCUGGAGCAGAAAACAUAUGCUUCGAGCCCUCCCAGCUUUGGGGUUUGUUCCUUGCCAGCGCCUUUGCGCAGCACCUUGCUCCCCAGUGUUGUUCUCCGCCUUACAUGAGCUUGUCUGAUACCACAUAUUAGUACGUGAAGAUCUGUAUAGUACUUAUAAAUUUGAGCUCUGCUGCAUCUCUCUAAUGAAAUCUACUGAAAACAUGAUCCUUUAUAGCUAACUCCCUGGACCUUGAAGUAGAGGCGCUAUGUAAAGCUCAAGUCUUCUGCUGAGGUUCUGAUGCUGCACUCAUCACUCUGGUAUCUGAGCUCCUGCUUUUCAGUGCACUGUGAAAAACUAAAUGAUUUGUUGCUUAGCUACUGGCAUAAACCACCGAAGCGGGGAGCUGUACUGUGCACAGCUAGGGAAAUGCCUAGCGCUGUCUGCUUUCACAGUGAUGGUAACUCCAAUAAUGUGAUUACACGUCUGAGCGGUUUUGUUUGUUUUGUGUUCCACUCCGUGAAUUAACGUUAUCUGCAAAAGAAGUGAGCCUUCAGGCCAUUGACUAUAUUUUGUAUCUGGUUCAAAAUUUGAGGUUUCAGGAGUUUACCAAACUCUCAGGUCAGUUUUCAUGAUAAAAAAAUUAUUAUUAUUAUUAAACUCAGCCAGGGCCGGCUCCAGGGUUUUUGCCGCCCCAAGCAGCAAAAAAAAAGUCGCGAUCAGCUCUACCACCGCCGCUUCAGUCUUCGGUGGCAAUUUAGCAGCUGAUCCUUCACUCCGAGAGGGAGUGAGGGACUUGCCGCCGAAGAGCCGGACGUGUCACCCUUCCCCUUGGCCAUCCCAAGCACCUGCUUGCUGGGCUGGUGCCUGGAGUCGGCCCUGAACUCAGCACAACUUAUUAAUAACCCUGACAAUUCCACAACUUUUUAGAGAGAAGUUCUUAGGAACCAUGUUAACAAUCUAGGUAAAGCCACCUGAUCUCUUCCCUUGGUACCUUUUCUUCCAGUUUCAAAAACAAGCUGCAUUGAGAUGGGGAGCUCUAGUACACUGACAGUAUUUAGCUAGAGAGCAGACUGAAAAUAAUUUGAUAUUACACAUUCUAAAGUAUUUUCAGGGAUUUUACAUUAGGAAGCAACUCUUCACUUUCUCUGCCAUAUAACUUUUCAUUUGGAGGGUCAAGCUUUCCAAAGCUGCCUAGGAAACAAACUGCAGGAUUUCCCUGUUCUGAGUUUUUGCACGUGCCGAACAUCAGUUGUGGUGGAAAUGGCAUUUGUGCAUGCAAAUCAAGAGACAUUUUGCUACCCGUUUAUAUACCUAAACUUCACACACACCGCGGAGAUUUUUGCAGCUGUGGAAAAACUGCGGUCACAGCUGUAGAGCUAGCAGUCGAAGGCCCUUUGAAAGUGUAGGCCUAGAUUUUAUUGAAAUAGUACAUAGAGGUGGUUGUUAAGCGGUGAAGUGGCUUUUCUACAUGCAUACUCAGGCCUAGAUGUGCAGUACAAUCUAUUAGUAAAAUAAGCAAUAUUGUUUGGUAUCCGUAUGAAUAAAUGGUGCUAUAUAUAUGUAAGAUCUUUUCUAUCGAUGCCUGUAUUCAGCCUUCAUUUUAUUAAUGAUCUUGAACUUCUGUCUAACAAAAUCUUUGACAUGGUGAUUAGCUGGGUUCCCCCAACUUCCUCAUUUACACAUCUAUCUUAUUGAUGUACACAUAUAUCUAUAUGCAUAUUUGCCUGUUAAAAUACGUAUCUGGUGAAGUUGUCUCCAGUCUGCAUGAUAGAUAUUGUGCCUGGUUCUUACCUCAUCCCAGUGUAAAUUGGGAGUAAUUGCAUUGAAGUCAAUGUGAAGUGCGAUGAUAAUCAAGUUUUCCCUCAACAUGCAAGAUGUACUAAGGGCCUGUUAGAAAGCUUAUUGAAGUCCGUGGAAGUCUUUCUGCUGACCUCCAGGAGCUUUGGAUCAGACCCUAAAGAGUUCAGCCCAAACUCUCAUUGAAAUCAAUAGAAGGACUCGCAUUGACUGCAUUGGUAUCCUAAAGGAGCAUGAAAGGAUAUUGUGACUGAGCUGCUUAAAUUUAUCAGGUUACCACAUUUUUUAUCUAGAAGUCUGCUAAAAACCAGCAAAUCUCACUGCAUAGCCAAACAGAUUAAAAUUGGUCAGAUAGGGUGUAUCUAGUUAGUUGCAGGGGAAACAGACACAGAACAGUUCUGCUUGCUGCACAGAGAUCGGCAGCACGUUAUCUCUUUUUAUUAAAAAUUGCUGACUUUGGAAAAGUGUACGAGGGAGAAGAAAAAAGUAUACAGAUUUUUCCUUCUGUCUGACAUUUACCAGAAAUCAUCUGCUUUCCUAAAUCUUUUGAGUUGAACAAAUACUCAUGACGCAUGGAGACUUGAACAAUAAGAUCUUGCCCCUUAGUGGAGGUUAUAAUUCCAAGAACCCUUUGCCACCUAAUUUCUGUAAAUCUGAACUCUCAUUUGUUUAUUUCAGACUUCAUGUUUUAUCACAUUCAGUCUAGUGACAGUGCUUAUUGGGUGCACUGGAAACUAGACAGGAAGUUUACAGACCUUGGUUCAAUUCCUGGCUCUGCCACUGUUUUGCUGUGGGCCUAGUCACUUACCUCUGCCUCAGUUUUCCCAUCUGUAAAAUAGAGAUAAUGAUACUUCCUCUUUUGUAAAGCAGUUAGUAUUUCUACAGAGCUUUUCGUUAGAUCUCAACGUAUUUUUAUGAAGUUAUGAAAAGAGAUUGACCCAAUUUAUAUGAAUUGCAGUAUAAAUCUCUCUGCUAUAAGCUUGAUCUUCAUAUUCUAUUUCUGCUCACCAGCUAAGGGGUGUAAAUAACACAUCUCUCAAAAAGAGGAUUUCUGCCCAGAGCAGUCACACUCUCGCUCAAGUAAUCAGUUCUAAUUCAGUUCUGUGUGGCACCAAACAGAUGCAGACUCUCAACCAGUCCCCACUAUCUGUCUGCAGUUUACAGAGAAUUUCAGGUGACACUUACCGUCUACCUCGCCUUCAGUGGCUACAUACUGUGGAUUUGGUUCCCAAAGAAUCUGUAGUGCUCAGAUUCAUUCUUAGCUUCCCUAAAAGCCAAACACAAGCUACGCUUUACUCAGACCCAAAUUAUUGGGCUCAGUACAAGAGUAUCUGGGUGAAAUAAUGGCCUGUGAUGUACUAAAUCAGCAUUUCUCAAACUGGGGGCCAUGGGCCCCGCUGAUCAACUCUCCCCCUCCCUUCUAGCGCCUCCUGCACAUCAGAGGAGUGUUCCCCCAUGUGCAGGAGGCUCUGGGAGGGAGCGGGAGGAGUGAGGUCAGGAUGCACUGGAGGAGGGGGCAGAAAGAGGCAGGGGUGGAGCAGGGGCAGGAAGAGGUAGGGGUGGA